UUUUGAUUUAAAAUUUAUAUUAAAUGUUAUAAACGAUAUUUUUUCAUUUUUAGAAUUCAUCUAAUCAAAAAAAAGAGAUUCCUCCGCCCGUGAUUCGUUUAUUGGAAAUGAUUUUUGAAAAAAAAUUUAAUGGUGAUCAACGAACAGCAUAUUCACAUUAUAAAACACUUAAAACACGAAUAAGAAUUUUACCAUCUAAUAUGCCUGAAUAUAAAAUGAUAUCAACGUAUUUAACAAAUACUCAUGGUCCAACACAUUCUUUUAAAUUAACAAUUGAAGAGAUCUAUACAACAAGAAGAUUGGGUGAAUAUCAAAGAUAUAAAAUAAAUAAAAAUCUUGGUAAUAGAAGAUUAUUGUGGCAUGGUACUAAAAUACGAAAUUUAUCUUCAAUUCUAUCAAAUGGGUUAUUAACUACUCCACCAUCUAGUGCUGGUAUUAGUGGUAAAAAUUUUGGUAAUGGUAUCUAUUUUGCUGAUGUUGUUACAAAAGCUGCAUUAUAUUGCGGUGUUAAUCGAAAUGAUCCAUAUGGUAUAUUAAUAUUAGCUGAAGUAGCAUUAGGUAAACAUUAUUAUUUAACAAGUGCUACAUCUGUAACUGAUUUGAAAUAUCAAAAAAGUAGUGCAAAAGCCUUAGGUAAAUAUAAACCAGAUCGUACAAAAACUGUUCGUACAAAAUAUGGUGCACAAGUACCACUUGGAACAUUGGAAUUACAAAAUAAUUUAACAACAUCUAUGGAAUACAGUGAAUAUGUAAUUUAUAAUAAUGAUCAAGUUCUUUUUGAGUAUUUAGUAUUAGUGAAAUUUAAUUAUUAGAUUUCAUGAAAUUUCUGACAUA